AUAGCUCGGGUACCUCAACCUCUUGAGUUAACUUUUGGGGUUGAAUUGGGCCCAAGUUUAUUAAGUGGAAUACAUCAAGGAAGCAUGACUAUCUCUGCUUACUACACAAAACUUAAGAAACAUUGGGAAACGCUUCAAGAAUUAAGCAGUUUUCCUACAUGUGAGUGUGGUAAGGUGAAGGAAUGUACCUGUGCCUUCAUGGAAAAAUGGAUUGAAAUUGACAACAGAAACAAACUGGAGUUCUUGAUGAGAUUGAAUGAUGAAUAUGAUGCAACACGAGGACAGAUACUGGGGACAGAACCUCUGCCUUCAUUAAGCAAAGCAUUCUAUAUAAUCCACCGUAUUGAGGCACAGAAAAACAUCACCCGUAGCAUUCCAGAAUCUGGAGCCUUCUUUGUGAACAAUGAACUUGGGAGAUCAUCACAACACAAAGACAGAAGGGAGGACAGAAGGAACAAACCUACAGAUAGGAAAUUUUGCAAAUAUUGCAAAAGUGAAGGACAUCUUUAUGAACAAUGCUUUGAGAGGGUAGGAUAUCCUGACUGGUACAAGGGAAAGAAAUAUAAGAAGACAGGAAAUCAGAGGGUAGCUGCCCAUGUCAAUCUCCAUGAGAGGAUAGAAGAUUCAGAAUGGGACACUCCACUGGAAACCAAUGGAAGUCACAACAAGAUGGGAGUGGACCAAGAGUUGGUUUCAGCUAUAUGCAAUGAGGUGGUAAAGAUGUUCAAAGGAAAGGCUGGAGAACUUAAUGACAUGAACAUGGUUUCUGCCAACUCUGCAGGUAUGGACCUUACAACUAAAAGGGCCAUGGCUUCUGGAACAGGACACAAGGCCGUGUUUGACUUGUUGGGAGCCCCUAUACAGUUGGCCGUGAGGAAAUGUGCAGAGAGGUUUCCUUUAUUUCAAGAGUACAUCACUAUAAUGGCUAAGCAUGCAGAAAGGUCUGAGGAUUCGAUGAUAGGCGCGAUGGGCGAUGCUGGGGUCCUACUUGCGGGCUAUGGUAUUUACAAGGUCAUUGAUUAUCGUCAUGAGAAAGAAUUCUUGAAGCGUUCUGCAGAGAGGGAGAGGAGAAUGGAAGAGAUGGAGAGGAGAAUGGAAGAGAGGUACAGGAGAAUGGAAUGCUUGAGGGCUGGACGGACCAGUGAAUAAGAUGUGUGUGCAGUCCGUGCCUUGCUCAAAAACGACUUGUGUUUGUUUGUUUGUUUAUUAGACACCCUGGGGAUAUAUCCCUGUCCUCAAUAUCUAUUUCAUAAGAGAUUGCAUGUCAUGUAUUAUGUCUACUGUGUGUGUGUGCGCGCGCGCUAAAGACUUGAUUAAAAAUGGAGUCUUUUA